AUGGCUGCAGCAAGCAAGACUAGAAAUAUGCUUGAAGGUUUUGUAAAAGAUGGAUCUUUUAAAUGGUUACUUGGGAAGCGGACUUACUUUGAUGAAGAAUUUGAGGAAAUGGGAAGGUCACCUUCUGCUAAGAGUAACUGGAUCCCAGAGCUAUCUCCACUUGCUAAUGUGGUCGUUCGUAGAUGUUCCAAAAUCCUUGACACUUCACCAACCGGCCUCCAAGAAAGUUUCAAUGCAGAAGCUCCUGAUUCCAUAAAGCACCCAUCUUGUUAUGUCAGGAACUUCCUGGAAUACUGUUGUUUCAGGACACUGGCUGUGUCCAUCCAGGUAACAGGUCACCUGGGAGAUAAGAAGUUCCGGCGGUUGGUAUAUGAUAUGAUGUUAGCUUGGGAGGCUCCAUCGGCUUCCAGUCAACCCCUGACUAAUGGAGAUGAAGACCUGACAGUUGGGCUUGACUCCUUUUCCCGAAUAGCACCAGCAGUUCCGCUCAUUGCUAAUGUUGUUAUAAGUGAAAAUCUCUUUCAAGUGCUGACUGUGUCAACUGAUGGUCGGCUUCAGUUUUCGAUCUUUGACAAAUACCUAAGUGGAUUAGAAAGAGCAGUAAAGAGAAUGAAAUCGCAAUCGGAGUCAUCACUUCUUGCUGAUGUUCGACCUGCAAAAAGAGAGAGGAUUCUAGAAGUAGAUGGAACAGUAACCACCCAACCAGUCCUUGAGCAUGUUGGCAUAUCUACUUGGCCUGGUCGUUUAACUCUUACAGAUCAUGCCUUGUACUUUGAAGCUCUUCGUGUUGUAUCCUAUGACACACCAAAAGUGUAUGACCUUUCAGAAGAUUUGAAGCAAGUUGUUAAACCUGAAUUAACUGGACCAUGGGGUACUCGGCUCUUUGACAAAGCAGUUUUCUAUAGUUCUAAUUCAUUAUCAGAACCUGCUAUUAUAGAGUUCCCUGAGCUCAAAGGACAUACUCGGCGUGACUAUUGGCUUGCAAUUAUUCGUGAAAUUUUGCUUGUCCACAAAUUUAUAAAAAAAUUUCAGAUCUCAGGAGUUACACGGGACGAGGCACUUUCAAAGGCUGUACUUGGAGUCUUGCGAUUGCAAGCAAUUCAAGAACUUAGUUCUGUAGAUUUGGUCCGCCAUGACGAUAUUCUCAUGUUUAAUCUGUGUGAACAACUCCCUGGUGGGGAUCUAAUAUUAAAAACUCUGGCAAAUAUGUCCUCUGUAGAGCGAGCUAACCAGGAUAAGCAUGGAGGCGGAAUGUACUCGGCCUCGUCGUUGGCAAUGGUUUCUGGUUUAGGAUUUGUUUUUGGUACCACUUCGUGUGAUCCUAAUGUGACCGCACUUGUUGUUGGUGAGGUAGCUGUUGGUGAGAUGAGCUGUUUGGAAAAGUCAGUCAGGGAAUCAAAGGACAGCUACAAAAAAGUGGUUGUAGCUCAAGCAACAGUGGAUGGGGUUAAAGUUGAUGGCCUCGACACUAAUCUGGCCGUGAUGAAGGACAUUCUGCUCCCAGUUAUGGAAGUUGGGAAAUGGCUUCUUUCCUUGUUGUAUUGGGAUUCCCCCAAGAAGUCGUUCUUGUUCUGCUUGUUUUUUACUUAUAUCAUCUGGCGGGACUGGUUGGGGUAUGCUUUCGGAUUGAUGCUCGCUUCACUGGCUGUAUUCAUGUUGCUUACUCGGUUUUUCAACCAAGGCCAGCCUGUCGAUGAGCUGAAGGUAGUAGCACCACCACCUAUGAACACAAUGGAGCAGCUUCUCGCUGUCCAGAAUGCGAUUUCUCAGGUGGAGCAGCUGAUCCAGGAUGGCAACAUUGGCCUACUCAAAGUCCGGGCUUUACUACUUUCCGUGUUCCCACAAGCGAGCGAUAAAUUUGCGGCAGUGCUGCUGGGCAUGGGGUUAGUGCUGGCCAUCUUGCCAUUGAAGUACGUAGUUCUGUUGGGCUUCCUUGAGGUGUCCACAAGGUACUCGCCGGCAAGAAAAGAAAGCUCGGAGAGAUGUGCGAGGAGAAUGAGGGAAUGGUGGUUCAGCAUACCGGCGGCUCCGGUGGUACUUGACAGAGAGAAGGAUGACAAGAAAAAGAAGUAG